AUGGCCAACCCGGCCGCUAUGUUUGCUCGCAGUCAAGCUGCGAAGAGCUCUCCGUCUGCUGGUAACAGCAACCCCGUGGCUGCGUUCAUGCAGAUGCAACAGCAACAGCAGAAGCGCAAGGAGCAGCCUCACCCCUCUAGCAAGCAGCAUUACGCUGGCCCGCAGAGACCUUUCAACCCUGCGGCGGCGUUCGCGCAGCGGUUCCAAGCUGGCCAGAGGCCGCCGAUGCCCAGCAGCAACGCUGGCUCCACCAAAUCUAACGACGACACGGACGACGAUGGCGACAACAGAUCUAACGAGCCGUCGCUCAAGAAGGUCAAGCCGAGACUCAGCAUCGAUGCUGCGCGGGCGUCGGCCGCUCGACGGCUGCGCAACUCUGGCAGCGGCGGCAACCUGGCCGGCCGGGGCAGCCUUGACGUGUUCUUGAACGAGAUCGGCGACGUCGGCCGGUUGUCGGACCUCAAGAUGGACGAGUUCCAGACGCUGGACGAGCUGUGGCGAGUCUCGGGCGACAUGGAUCGGCUAUCGUUAUGA